AUUCAUAUCCGCGUCUGGUUUUCAGUCGGAGAUGUCUCAACAGCCUUCACAGACUCUGCCCUCCGCCCCGGACUCCCCUGCCCUGCUGGUCACCAGUAAUGUGCAGAAAUAUGCCAUCAAGAAGAAGAAAGUCCUCAGUGCUGAAGAGAUGGAGCUGUUUGAGCUGACUCAGGCUGCAGGUAUCACUGUGGACCAAGAGGUCUUCAAGAUCAUAGUGGAUCUGUUGAAGAUGAACGUGGCUCCUCAAGCGGUCUUCCAGACUCUGAAGGCGAUGUGUGCAGGUCAGAGGGUCGCUGAGAGCUGCGGCGGAGCGGAGCCUUCAGCGGCCUCCCACACGACCGGUAUCACCGCAGCACCAACGGAGGCCAGAGAAGAGGACUCUUUGGUCUCUGGAAAGAGCCCUAAGCUCUCUGCAGCUCCUCCCGCAGCGUCUGGCCCCAGAGCCACAAGGGUCAACACUAAGAUUGUGGUCUACGGCCCCCAAGACGCUAGCCCUGCUCACGCUCAAGUGCGCAGUAAAGCCGGAGCGAGUCACAGCGAGAAGAGCAGGGAGGCCUCCAGCCAGCGAGUGCAGCGGCAGCCCAGCGCCACAAGAGGGCAGAAGACCAAGAGCUCCGGUAGCAGUAGUUCCUCCUCUCAGAUAAACUCCACAUAAGUGUCCUGUCACUAAGACACCACUUGUAAAUAGUUUUCUUUACGUCUAAAUUAUCUGGAUGUUUUAUUGUGUUGCUUUUUUUUAAAGGGGUUGUUUUACUUAAAAUACAGAAACACAGAAAAACGUCUUUCUCCACUACUGGAAGUUAGAUUUGAAGUGUGUUGGUUAAUGACAUAUUGUUACUGAUCUUCACAGCAAUAAAAAAAAAAAAAAACAUUUUAAAAAUGUAAUCUUCCCAGAAACAGUGAAUCAAUUUCUACCUAAAGAUUUUUUUUAAAUCCGUAAACCAGCACCCUUAAUAAUAAUAAUCAACAAGUCCAAAUGACAAGGUGACGCCUGUAACUAUGACGACGAGGAUAAAACCAAACUUAGAGGAUAAAAAACAAAAGCUGCAUGCAUUGUUGGAUAAAGUCCACAUAUGUAAAGCAUCAAAAUAUAAACAUUUCUGUCUGUAGAUUAAGUAAAACAAUCCUUUUAAAUUCAAAUACAAACUUCCUAUUCUCACUUUGAGUUACUUUCAGUUUUCCUUCAUGUAACAAACAGAAAAUGUAGCUUUUUUAACUGAAAUGUGAAUACGUCUGUGUUUAAUGUGCAUUUUUUUUAUAUAAAAAACAAUCUAAUAAAUCCAACAACUAUCACACGA